AUGGAGCCACGUAUCUUCCGGGCUUUGGCAUCUUACCUUAGAAGAGAAAAUCUGAUAUUGAAUAAAAGAAUUAAGGUGGAGGAGAAGUUAGCCUUUUUCUUGUACAUGGUGUCUCACAACGCAUCUUAUGAAGAUCUUCAGCUAGAAUUUCAGCAUAGUGGACAAACAUGUUGGCACACUGCAUUCAAUCGAGAACCAAGUGAAACUUCCCGCAGCUGCCGCAGUUCGUCACAAUAUCAUCAAAAUGGAGAAUGGUGA